AUGAUCGAAAAAAUUAUUUUCCGACGAUGCUUGUCCACGAAACCAUCAACCAUGCGAGCCUGGGUAUCUGAAAACGGCGCUGGAGUCGAGCUAAAAGAAGUGGCAGUUCCAGUGAUCAAGAAACCAAGACAAGUUCUUUUGAAAGUUAAAGCAGCUUCGGUCAACCCAAUCGACGUCGAUAUGUCACAGGGGUACGGUAGAGAGUUCCUGGGAACAUGGAAGAAGGCGGAGGCUUGUGAUUUUGCUGCAAGUAGAUUUCCCCUAAUCCCUGGACGCGAUUGUACAGCAGUCGUAGAAGCUGUCGGAGGCGAAGUGCACAAUUUAGCACCUGGUGACAAGGUGAUGGCUGUGGUUCCAGUAAUUCAACCAGGAACACACGCGGAAUUCGUUGUCACUGAUUCCAAGCUUUGCUCAAAGAAGCCCGACAACCUGAGUUACGAAGAAGCAGCUGCUCUACCUUACGUAGCUUCCACAGCGUUUUCAGCGUUUUCUGUGGCCAGAGUCAAUCAUAAAAAUGCUAAAACACAAAGAGUACUGAUUCAUGGAGGGUCUGGGGGCGUUGGAAGUAUGGCAAUUCAGCUAUUGAAAGCCUGGGGAUGCGAGAAGAUUGUGACAACGUGUGGAAAAGAAAACUUUGAUAUGGUCUCAAAACUCGGAGCUAUUCCAAUCGAUUAUGCAGCAGAGAACGCGACAGAACAGCUAAUCGAACACGCCCCAUUUGAAGUUAUCCUUGAUACAGUCGACUCCCCAUUAGCCAAAUGGAGUGAUAAUGUUAUGGGAGUGUGGAGGAACUGUGUGCACGUCUCCAUUGUGUCUCCUCUAAUGCGAGAAAUGGAUAAAAACGGAGUUCCAUUGGGUCUCGCCACAACUGCGUUGAAGCAUUUUGAAAGAGCUUUUCAGAGUCAUCUUCGAGGUCGUUGGUUCUCUUAUGCCUUUUUCAUGCCAAAUUCCGAUCUUAUGCAACAACUUUCUCGGUUCGCAGAAGACGGAAAGAUCGUUCCCAUCGUCGAACAAGUGAUGCGAUUCGAAGAGCUUGAAAAGGCAUACGAGAAGGUUUCUCGACUUGAAGGACGGGGAAAGACAGUUAUUAAAUUCGAUUAG